GCGAGCGAGCGAGAGAGAUCCAUAGCACACCAACAGUAAAACUUAAGAAACGAUAGAGGAUAUAUGAGGAAACAAAAAAUGUUUACUUAGUAGCUUGGUUUAUGCUCCAAAACUUAGAAGAAGUGGCGUCUGCCCCGAAUGAUGGCUGAGUAGCUGUUUUCACCCCAAAUAUUCGUCCAUUCCAACGAUUCUUUGGACGAGAGAAGAUGUACCGGUCCACUAAAGGAGCGUCAAAGGCUCGGAGGGAUCAAAUCAACGCAGAAAUUCGCAACUUAAAAGAUCUUCUGCCCAUCUCCGAUGCCGACAAAGCUCGUCUUUCCUAUCUUCACAUCAUGUCACUAGCAUGCAUUUACACAAGAAAGUCCGUCUUUUUCUCUCAAGUGGCAGGAGUUCACGACAUGAGCGGAAGCGCCCUGUCUUUGCCGGAACUCUCUGAUCUUCUGCACACACUACCUGGCUUUCUCCUAGUGCUGACGAGUGAAGGAAAACUCCUGCAUCUGUCGGACAACGUGGCAGAGCACCUCGGUCAUUCCAUGGUGGAUCUGGUGGCUCAGGGUGACAGCGUGUAUGACAUUAUAGACCCAGCCGACCACUUCAUCAUGAAGGGAAACCUUGUGCCGAUCACCUCAACUGACACAGACCGGCUCUUUCGCUGCCGUUUCAGCACUUCGAAGUUUGUGAGGAGGCAAGGGUCAGGGAACAAACUGGCGUUGGUUCGGGCACGCUGUCUGCCACCUCCAUACCACACGUCGUCCUACUGGACAUCCAAUCCAGUGUGGGUGUGUUUUUGCUCCCCGCUGGAGUCCAGUGUCCCUCAGGUUUCUUCAGCUAGGAAUCCUCUCCCCACCCCUCCUGCUGAGCAGUCGUUCCUCCUUUCCUGUUUCCAGUCUCAGCACAGCCAGGACAUGAGAAUCCAUGCUGCUCAGGACAGUGUAAGCGUGUACCUUGGUUAUGACAUAGAGACUCUGCGCUCUCGCUCAUGGUACAGUCUGAUUCAUCCUCGUGAUCUCUCUCAUGCCUCUGCACAACACUGCGCCCUGUUACACGAGGGUGGAGAGAGGCAAGUGGAGAUGGUGGUCCAGGUAGAGGCAGCAGACCACACUUGGGUCUGGCUUUACAUUGUUCUUCAGCUGGAGACUGGAGAAUAUCCCAUCAACAGCCACAACUACGUCAUAAGUGAGUCUGAAGCCUGGUCAGUGCGUCAGCAGUUGUACUCGGAGCAGAAUCAGCUGGCUGUCCUGUACCAGGAGCCACGGCAGAUCUCUGACCCUCUGUCCAGCCCAGACCAGGUCUUCACACCCAGCAGCAGUGGCCUGUCCUCCCAGUCCUUCGACUUUAGCUUCACCACAUCUGGACGGAGCUCCUCAGAAGAGCUCCCCAGUACCUCUGCCCCAUCCAGCAUAGCACUGGACCCCCUUCAGGGCUAUUCUCAGGACGAAAAGUUGCAGACGAGCCACCUGCAACUGCAUGGCGGUGACCAGAUGUGGAGAUCAGCCAUGAGUGUGUCUGCAUCCCCUGAACAUCUCAGCAACAUCAACAUCCCAACAAUCCCCCAUCCCCAUGUUGCCCCAUCGCCCCUUCCUCCAUUCAAAACUCCACCUAAGCGCCAAAGCUCGGAGGAGUAUAUUUGCACGCCCCCUUACACCCCAAGACUCAGAGGGGGGACUUUCAUGUUUGGUGAUGAGACUUUUAAAUCAGACCACAACAAAGCAAGUCAAACGAGGCCGUCUAUAACCUCAGCCAGCAUUGGUCCCGCUCAACACUGCCGAAAACGUCUUUAUGAAACGCUGCCUCCCACUCCAGACAGCCCAGGCAGUGAUGAAUACAUUCUCAUGGCGCUCCCAGAGAUCAGGGGACCUCUUUACGUAGACGUCCCCCAUUUCCCAUUCAGUGCCCUCCCCGAAGGCCUUUUAACCCCAGAGGCCUCGCCCACCAAAAAGCCCUGUUUGAGUUUCUUCCCUCGGGAAGAGGAUACCGAAAGAGAGAGAAUGGAGAUCUCGCAAUUGGCGCAGUAUAUUAGCACUUUAGCUGAGGGUUUCUGUCACAGCCACUCACAAAGCGCGUCGGCUCCCCCUCAUCACUCAUCGUUUGAGGGCGCCAACUCCUCACUGGCUCACAUUGAUGUCUUUAUGUUUGAGGAGAAAGCAGUAGAUGGCACCCCUCUUCCAAAUCUGCCAUCCACCUCCCCCGCACCUCCCUCACCUUACUCAUCGGCGCCGUCCUACGCUCAGCACUCCCCUGUCCACGCGCAGGAGGAGGCUGCGGCUUUGAGCGGCGUACACCACUUCUGUAGCGUCCGGUCGACGCACCAUAAUUGCAUGGACGGGGGUGGGCCGCAGGAAGCAGAGAGACCCGAAGAGGACGUGGAGAUGAUGUCCACCACAGGUCCAGCCCUUCCUGCCCUCACCCCUGCUCUGCCUUGUGCCCAGUCCCUCUUAGAGGAGCUGGUCGCCAUGGAACCUGUGUUUGGGGCAGCCGCCCUGAUGACUCCUGCCGAGAGGCAACAAGAUGAGUUGUAUCAACUCCCUCAUCAAGGCGGACAACAGAUCUUCUACCAAGAUGGAACCAGUGAUCACACGUGUUAACAUAAGUCUGUGACUUAUUCGAUGAAGUAUGGCAUAUUGUCAUCUUUUACGAAGCUAUUUUUCUGGGAUAAUGUGUUAGAGUUCGAUUAAAAUGUGUUGAAAAUAUUUAUUAUGUUUAUAUUUCAAUAUCAUGAAGUCCCAUGAACAUGCAUCCUAUUCAUAUUGGACUGUCACUUUGGGGAAAAGUACUUAAAGUAACAAAGGCAAUUGCCACUUUGUAUUCACUUAUAGUGAAGACUGUGUUUUACUGUUUAUGAAUCACAAUUGUAUCUUAUAAGUCAUCGUAGAGUUCUACGGUCAAGUAGAGGAUUGAUUCCUAGCUACAGUGCUCUCUUUCUAAAUGCUUUUCAUUGUGUCAGUGCAUAAAAACCAUAGAAAUGCUUCAUAAUAAACAGUAUUCCUUUAUGUUUUGUCCUUUAUGAGAUUUCAAGACACUCUUGGAAAUAAAGGUUCUGUAUUGGCA